AUGGCUUCAUCAUCGUCAUCAUCGCCAGAAAUCUCAGCUGCGCCCUAUUCGCAUACGCCCGGUCGUUACCACUAUCCCACUCUGAAGGAGGCCCUAGAAGAUCUGACAAGUCGGUUCUUGUUGAAUCUCCCAGAGGAUGAACUUGCUUCGCUGGAGCGAGUAUGUUUCCAAGUCGAACAAGCUCACUGGUUCUAUGAGGAUUUUAUUCGAGAAGAAAAUUCCAAAUUCCCCUCUCUUCCUCUCAAGAAAUUCUCCGAAAUGCUAUUCGCAGCUUGUCCGCUGCUCCACCAUUGGGACCACGAGGGCGCUUUCAAUCACUUCAUGCAGUACAAGACCCGAGUACCAGUGUGCGGUGCAAUCAUGCUGAACGAUAGCUGGGACAAGGUCGUUCUCGUGAAAGGCUGGAAAUCGUCAUCGGGCUGGGGUUUUCCCAAGGGAAAGAUCAACGAAAGCGAAGCUCCUCAUGCAUGCGCUGCACGAGAGGUACAAGAGGAAACCGGAUAUAACUUGGCAGGGAAAAUAGAUCCCGAAGAUGUUAUAGAACUAUCUAUCAGAGAGCAGAAGAUAUCGCUAUACAUUGUUCCUGGCGUGCCGGAGGACUACCCGUUUCAAACGAAGACAAGGAAAGAGAUCAGCAAAAUCGAAUGGUUCAGAUUACUCGAUUUGCCGACAUGGAGGAGAGGUAAGACAGUACCGGGGAAGUUUUACCUUAUAUCGCCGUUCAUAGGUCCCUUGAAGGCCUUCAUCAGCGAGCGAAAGCCCCGGAAUUUGACUCGCAAACCACUUAAGGCUAAAGAUCUCCGCACUGAUCAGACUGACCGCAGACCAGAGGAGAGCGGGCCAGCUGAAGACCUCAAGUCUAUCUCAGUGGCGGACCUCAAUGGGCAGGAAUCCAGCUCGCAGUCAUCAGCAGAUAACGGCGAUCCACAGACACCCUCCCCUUUAUAUAGUAAACCGUCCGUGAACAGUGACGCGACGGGCAUCCAACUAGGCGAUCUUGACACAGAGUCGGUCAACGAUCCUGCGCUCAGGCGACUUCUCGUCGCAUUGACAUCAUCAUCAGUCCGAUCAGACACGAGCAAUAUCGAUCGCAGCAAGCCACAACCUUCCGUGCCCUCCACCAUCGUCCCACCUGCUGUUGUCAAAUCGCAUACCCCCCCAGAAGUUGAUGCUGCACACGACUGGUCAAUCAGAGGACCCCGUUGGCCAACGGAAAGGCUGACCGAUUCUCGUCCACACCGCACGCCAUCCCCUUCCUCGUCAGAGAAUGAGGCUCCCAUGCAGUCGAGCCCGAUGCAGUCAAGCCCGAAUACUUCUCGACGAACUUCCAGACCUGCAUCGUUGUCUACCAGGAAUGAUCGAACCAGGUCUCCUGCCCAUGCCUCACCUCCUACAUCGGGAACAUUUGCCACCUUGUCUUUGAUACCGUCCUCGCGCCCAACUGCUCGCCGCGGAUCUGCGUCCGCUACAGAUCUUUCACCCUACCUCACCCGGCCCUCAGAAGCACCAGCCAUCGGCAAGCGUAUGAAGCAGCUGGCUUUGUUAGAAUCUGUCAUAGACGAGUCGUCACGUAUGACGCCGGUCUUAGGCUUUCGUGCACCAGCAGUGCCGGACACAACUAGUAGUCACAUUCAGCGACCACCGGUUUCCUACGGUGUGGGUACAACCCCACCGCCACAUCACCAUGCUCGCCCGCUGUCUGUCUCGGCUGCACAACCCACGCACCCCAAUAAUCUAUCGUCAAUGUAUAAUGUUCAUGGACCGUACCAUCCGCAGCCUCAAAUAUUCAAUCCGUAUAAUCACGGUCCACCUGGCAUGCCUGGCGAUGACCCUUUUACCGUGCGCCCUCGCACCAGUAAUACCUUCCGCCCGGUCGCCGAUAAUCUCUCGAGGCCUCUUCAAACGCGAGCAAGCAUGAAUCAGGCUCAACUGCUCAGUGCUUUGUCCGGC